AUGAAAUUCCAACAUACAUUUAUUGCAUUAUUAUCACUAUUAACAUAUGCAAAUGCAUAUGAUUAUUUCACAACAACAUUGGCCAAUCAAAAUCCAGUUUGUGCUUCAGUAGAUGUCAUACAAAAUGUUUGUACUGAGGUUUGUGGUAGAUUUGUCCGUUACAUUCCUGAUGCUACCAAUACAAAUCAAUUCACUUUUGCCGAAUAUACUACAAACCAAUGUACUGUUCAAGUAACACCAGCUGUAACAAAUACAUUUACUUGCGCUGAUCAAACUUCUUCACAUGCACUCGGUUCUGAUUGGAGUGGAGUUUGUAAAAUCACUGCCACACCCGCACCAACAGUUACACCAACAGUUACACCAACAGUUACACCAACAGUAACACCAACACCAACAAAUACACCAAAUCCAACCCCAUCCCAAACAUCAACAACAACUGGUUCUGCUUCAACUGUUGUUGCAAGUUUAUCACUCAUUAUUUUCUCAAUGAUUCUUUCCCUUUGUUAA